AUGGGGUUUUUCGGUAUCCUUGAGGAUAAGAAACUUUCUCAUGUUCCAGGAACAGUUAUUCUAAACGAGAAGGUUGCUGACUCCGAGAAUCCCACGGCCGCACUUAAGCAUGGCUCAGGAAAAGAUUCGCAUAUCAUCUUAGUUCCUCAACCCUCCGAUGACCCGAAUGAUCCAUUGAACUGGUCCGACACUAGGAAACUUAUCAUUGUCCUCAUUGUGGGACUUGGGACAAUCCUCAACGCUGCAACAAUCGGACCAUUACUGAACGCUGGACUUUACACUAUUUCGCUGGACUUUCAUACUUCUAUCGGUAAAAUCACCCUUAUAUCUGGGUAUCAGCUUCUGGUUGCUGGCGCUUCUGGUCCCAUUGUCUGUGCCUGCUCACGGAAAUGGGGCAAACGACCUUGCUUCCUAUUCUCAACCCUGUUUGCACUGAUUGGGACGAUUGUCGGAUCUGCAACAAACAGCUACAAUGGACUUCUCGCGGCUCGAAUCAUCCAGGGAGCUUCAAUCAGUGCCUAUGAGUCGAUCGUGAUAGCCAUCAUUGGAGACCUCUAUUUUGUUCACCAGCGUGGUCUUUUUACCUCCGGCAUGCAAUUCCUGCUCGGCGGAAUUUCAAACUUCUCGUCCGUCUUAGCUGGUCCAAUCACUGCAAACCUUGGAUGGAAAUAUCUCUUCCAUAUUCUCAUCGCAUUCGUUGGUACACAAACCAUUCUUCUGUUCUUCUUUUGCCCCGAGACAGCCUAUAGACGAGAGGCUCAAUAUAAUAUCGACGAGAUUGUCAACGAAGGGGCAGCCGAAAAAGGUGUCGAAACCCAAGUCGAACUCUCAGAGAAUACAGAUGCAAACCUCCCAUCAAUCCAAACAAUAGCCACUACCAGAACUUCUAUCCCUGCCCUGAAAACAUUCUGGCAGCGCACGGCAAUUUUUUCGGGUAGCUAUUCAGACGAAAAUUUUCUACAACUGAUUAUUGCACCAUUCGCAGUGUGCACCAACAUUGCGGUCCUUUGGGUUGUUGUCGUUUCUGGAACAAUAACCGCUACGUACGUCGCUCAGGCCUUUGUACUGGCACAGAUCUUCACUUUGCCACCUUAUAACCUUGACGCCUCCGGAAUUGGUUAUCUCUCCCUCGGUCCAUUUAUUGGAGGCCUCAUUGCUUCUAUAUUCUGGGCCUUCAUGCUCGAUCCUAUGAUUCGAUGGGCAACUACCAAAAACAAAGGUGUUUAUGAGCCGGAAUAUCGACUUCUAGCUAUGGCCAGUGCCCUUUUAACAGGAAUCGGACUCAUGGCUUUUGGUGUGAUGGCAGAAAACCAUAUUACCUACUAUGCCACCGCGACAGUACACGGAAUUGCUUUGUUCGGAGUCAUUUGUGCCACCGUUUCUACCUCGGCAUAUGCUCUCGACGCCUAUAGAUCUAUGAGCAAUGAGAUCUUCAUUGCGGGAAUGGUGUUCAAGAACUUUUUAUUCUACGGAUUCAGCUACUUUGUUAACGACUGGACGGCACGAGAUGGUCCUGCUCAAGUUUUUUACGUAUUUGGAGGGGUUGCCUUAUUUUUGACUCUGACUACGCCGAUUGUGUUCAUCUGGGGCAAGCGCUAUCGCAGCGUAUGGCAUCGUCACAACCUUUUGGAGAAGUUCAACAUCAGGACACAUUCUGAAUUGUAA